UCGUCCCAAAUCUCUCAAUCAAACACAACACAUGAUUAGUCAUUCAAUUUGACAUGAAAGCGUGUGAACCCUCAGUAGAGUCCACUAUUGUGAGAUCCAUAGCUUCUCUACUAAAAUUUGAACAGAACAUUCAGUCCAAUGAGCCAGAAGCCAAACCAAAUUUAAUCACUUUGGUGGGUUAACAGAAUCAAUUCACAUGGAUGAAUAGGGUUAACAAAACAAGAAUCAAGCUAGAAUGGAAUACCAUAAAGCACUCACAAUUAUCAAUCCACAUUUCUUGCCUUCUCCAAGCUAGAAAAGUUGCCUUUCAUAGCUAGUAGAAAACAUGUAAAAUUUGUGUGUGUGUGUGUGUGUGUGUGUGUGUGUGUGUGUGUGUGAGAGAGAGAGAGAGAGAGAGAGAGAGAGAUCCUUUGCUUCCAACCCCUCAAAAGCACCAUUUUCCAUUCACAAAGCAUAUUGCACCUUUGCUUGCCUCCCACCACUGUUCAUGAGCUAAGCUAGCAUGCCUUGAAAGAUUUGUCUUCCAAGUUUUACAGAUCAGACAAACAAUAUUAGCAGAUCAUUGGAAUCAAAGAAUGGAGUAUUUGAUUCAACGAAGAAGGGUGAGAAUUUCCGGGGUAGGACAAGAUAGCGAGGAAGGGAGUGACAAUAGCAGAAGCGAAGAAAUUAUACCAAGCCAGCGAACAGAAUCUUUUCGAGAUAAUAAGGCAGAGAGUGGGCUGCAGAGGCAAUUUUCUAGUGAAAUGAGUCAUACUGAGUAUGACUCAUCAUAUGAGGGUGAGUUUGCAUCUGCCAUUGCUGCUGCUGCAUUUGCCAUCUAUUCAGCUGAAGAAUCCAAUUCAGAAUCAUACCAGAAUAAGAAGUUGAGAGAUGCCACUGAAAUAAUACCCAUUAGCAGAGUCAGAACCACAAUACAAGAUCAAUUUAAGCCCCCAGAAUCGAGUCAAAUAUCUAAUUCUACACGAUUUUCUGGCUGGGAAGCCCGUGAUGGCGCUUCCAUGAGAAUUCGAAUGGAUCAAAGCGAAAAUUGGGUUUCAACAAGCCGAGGAAGUUCACAAGCCAAGGCCGAUGCCUGGGAGAAAGCUGCCAUGGCAAAGAUUGAAAAACGGUAUGUGAAGAUGAACUCGGCGAUUCUUGCUUGGGAGAGUGAGAAGAAGAUGAAAGCCAAACUGCAAAUGGAAAGGAAAAAGGUGCUCAGCUUUGACCUAUUUGGUAAAGUAAUCGAUUGCUGCAAUGAAGAAUUUAUGGUUACCGCGCACAGUUGGAAGUGGUCCCACUAUGUCCAGGCCUCACAUUGCGAACGGCCAAGGACUUGUGAGGGGAAGGAGUUCUCUAGCUGGCUAGUGAAUUUGGUGAGCAAACUUUUGGCACUUUUCACAUUUUCACACAUAUUUCUGUGCAUCGGCUUACAUGUAGGGCCACCAAUAUCUUUGUGAAAUAGCACGGUAGGCCAGGGAUCUUCCCCCAAUGUGGCUGCCACACAUUUCUUCAUAGAUUUCAAACAGAAAGGCGUCGACUUUGUUUGAGUGUACGCACUUCAGAUAUGAGCUAGUGAAGGACUUCUUAUACAGGCCGCCAGAUAGAGAGAGCCAAAACCGUUCAGACUUCACCUGGAUUUUGUUUGCCUUUUUCUUGUCGGUUGGCAGGAUUCUUUCUUUCAAGAAAAGAUUGAUGGGGUCCAUCUAAGAGGGACCUAGCUCGGUGCAGAGAACUUCUGUCUACACUGAGCCCUCGAUGCUGGGUCUUGGGAGGAAUUCAAUAAGGAGGGGGUUGGGGGUUGAUUUGUCAGCCAUGGAAGCCAAAUCGGUUAAUUCAUCUGCUCGGUCAUUGUCUUCUCGGCCGAUUUGUUGAACGCGUAUGGCUUGAAAUUUUUUGAUCUGCUCUUUUACCAGAGUUUAAUAUUUGGCCAUGUUGUCAUCUUUGGCUUCGUAUUCCCUAGUCACUUGAUUUACAACGAGUUGGGAGUCGUUGUAAACUAUUAGCUCAGAUGCUUGCAAUUAGAGCGCGCUUUUCAAUCCGGCUAGCAGUGCUUCGUAUUCGGCCUCAUUGUUGGAUGCGGGAAACCUAAGUGCGAUGGAAUGUUCGAUGGUUAGUCCAUUUGGUGAGAUCAAAACUACGCCCAGCCCAGUUCCAUGUCUGUUUGAAGCACCAUCGACAAUAAGUUUCCACAUUUCACUGACAAGAGCUUCCAAUAUUCUACGGGAUCAUGGAAUUUUUGAAGGUUCAAGUGUUCUGAGUUGCUUGGCUGCUCGACUAUUCCGCGUCAAGCGCGCCGUCGAUGAUUGCAACUUGCAUUCUUUUUCCUUCCCUCUGGUGAUAUGGUGUUAGAUCCAACAGGUUGUCCUGUUAUUCCCAAAUCCAUCAACGCAUUGCCAGGUUGAGGUGGGCCUUCAAAUGGUGGGUCUAUGGUUGCACGCGAAAAUUUCGUGUCACUUUCAAUGUCUUGUUUGUUAAGAGGACUGGCUUAGACUGAAGUGGGGGUUGGUUGUGCAAUUUCUUCCGUGCCUACCCUCCUCAGCCUGGUUGCAUCGAUCAGGUCCACCAGGCAAACUGGGUGAAUGCUAAGUGAGAAUUCUGCCACAAAACCGGCCAAUGCUUGGGCUUUAAUAGCAGUUCGGGGUUGAAACUUGACAUCGAAUUGUCCCAACUCGACUGCGGAUUUGGCCAAAGAAGUCUACCUGCUUAAACAAGGCUUUCAAAGGAAACUCGGUCAACAGCACGAUCGUGUGAGCGUGAAAGUAAUGUGCCAACUUCUUUUAGGCCAUCAUUAGUGCUAAGGUGAGUUUCUCCAGCAGCAAGUAUCUUGACUCUGUCGGGAGCAAGGUUUUGCUGACAUAGAAGAUCAAUAGGUGUUGUAUGCCCUCCACUCUUACCAGCACCGCACUGACCGCAUGUUGGGAAACAGAAAGGUAGAGGUAGAGUUCUUCGCGCUGUUUUGGCGUGACAAGUAAUGGAGCGGAGGAUAGGUAUGUCUUUAGUUUGGCCAACGCCUUGUCGCAUUCAGCAUCCCACAAAAACUUCUAUUUUAAGGCCUAGAAGAAAAGGUAGUAACGAUCUAAUAACCGACUUAUAAAUUGGUUAAGCGCAGCUGCCAUCUCGGCAAGAUGUUGCACGCCCAUUGCUGAGUUGGGCUACUUUAAUUCUUGUAUAUCUUUGAUUUGAGAGGGAUCCGCCUCAAUCCCACAGUUGGUGACCAAAAAUCCCAAAAAUUUCCCUGACCUCACGCCGAAGGCACACUUCGAUGCGUUUAGACGCAACUUGUGUUGUUUGAGAAUGACGAACAUCUCUGCUAAGUCGACCAAGUGGUCUGUCUCACAUUUGCUCUUCAUGACCAUUUGAGGUGGGCCUUCAAAUGGUGGGUCUAUGGUUGAGGUGGGCUCUAUGGUCGUCAGUUGGUUCAUGGUGAGCGAGUCUCUCAACCUAUGUCCGAUCGGGAGACUGCGCUUGUGUUGGGUGAUCGCAAAGUUGGUCGGACAAUCAAGGAUUUCGUUGAAGGUUUCCCAAUAUUUGGCAUUGUACACUUUGAAUAAGUCACCCAAGUCCUUUUUGACGCUCAGAAGGUGGUCGACUUCUUUGGGUAUUUUGGUGUUGGUUUUGAAUCGGGUCACAAACGCUUGCACCAACUACUGCCACCUUUCGAUACUUUCCUCCGGCAGCCUCUCGAACCAUUUCAGGCCUAAAUCACCCAAACUUAACAGGAAAAUAAGGCACAUAAGUGUGUCGUUCCGCCUGUAGCCAACCAUAACUUGCUGGAAGUGGCUCACAUGCAUGUAUGGAUCAAUUUUCCGUCAUAGAGCGUAAACUUGGGCUGGUGAAAGCCCGCAGGGAGCGGCAUAGCCUCUAUCUCAAGGGAAAAAGGGUGGCGCUCAGCCUCGCCAAGUCUCUGUCCAAAGGGACAUGUACAACUGGCUGUGGUGGCGGCAUUAUGACUUCUUCACUGGUGUGACCUCCGUGGGACAGCCGCUGCAGUGCUAGCACCCUUUGUGCCUCCCGCCGUCGUGCUUGUUCUUCCAAGACGUCCCUCAAGUCCUUCGAACGGGAGGAGUAAGAGUAUUUAGACAUUGUCGACGGACGUGAGGGACGGUAGCUACUAUCUCGUGCACACGACUUCUCCACCGAUGGGUCAGACUCACCAACCCCAUAGCUCUUGGUGAUUAGAAAGGAAGGCGUCCUUUGUUAGUUCUGGCUGCCUGAGCGAUGGGGUUGGUUGCGCUCAUUAUGGUUUUUCACUCCAGCAACACCCUUCCCUUUGACUUGCCGCUUCAGCGCCACCAUCUCCACCGCCAUCCUCCGGAUGAUAGCGUCUUAGUCCCUCAGCUUGUGCUCUAGGCGUUGAGCGUGCGACUCUCUUUGUCAUCGGUGUCCGUUUGGACUCUAAGAGUGAUCGAUGCUCCUAGCGCGCUUAUCUUGUGCAUCUCUGGGGAGCCCUCUAGAUGAAGUCUCCAGGCCCGCCAUGUUCGGAACAGUGGGGGAUGCGUCUCUCCUCCGGAUUAACUCUGGGGUGAUGCCGUCAACAACGAACAGCAGAGUUUGUUCGCCAUCUAUAAAAGAUGAUCGGAUGAGCUUGGACUCCUAAUAUUUUUUACAACAAAAUUUUCAAUUUUAGAAAUCAAAAAUUUAGUUCUUAAAAAUUUUAUAUGGUGUAGUGUAUGUCUACGAUCUAGAUUAUAAUACAAUACAAAAAGACAUGACACGUUAAUUAUAAAUACAUGGUAUUAGGGUGAUAGGAGAGAACUAUGACACACCAAAAAGUACUCUUACUCAGUUGUUGUGGGAUUAGUAUUCAAUAAUUUUCUGGAUUCAUAUUACCCAACAAUACAUUUUUUGUCUGGUUUUUGUAUGUUUACAUACUUUAUCAUAUGCAAA